GUGAUAGGCGAUUCCAUCUCUGAUCUGGCAGCACUGAGCGGCGAAAAUAAUUGAAUUUUGUCUUUAUUUUUUUUCAACGUAAACAAAUAAGUUAAAUUAAGACUGAUCCGAAUGGAGAAGGUGGAGGCGGUGACGGUGCCCCAUGUGGAUGCGUAUCGGCGGCUGCUGAACAAGGCGGUGUCCCAGCUGCUGGUGGACAAGGGCGCCGGGCAGGCGAGCAACCAGUGCCUGGAGACGCUCACCCAGAUGCUGCAGGCGCUGAUCGGCGAGAUUGGCAAUUCGGCGCACAACUACUGCGAGCUCAGCGGACGCACCAUGCCCACCGUGGGCGACGUCAGUUUGGCGCUGAUCAACAUGGGCAUCUCGAUCUCCAGUUUGGAUCCCUACAUGCGCAAGGAGACGCAUGUGCCCAUUCCGCUGCCGCCGCAGCAGACGCAGCAGCGACAACUGAGCCUGCUCCAGGCGGGCAGCAAGUCCUCGCAUCCGCACUAUGUGCCCAGCUACUUCCCGGCAAUGCCCGAUCCACAUGCCUACAUCCGGACGCCCACGCACAAGCAGCCGGUGACGGAGUACGAGGCCAUCAGGGAGAAGGCCGCCUGCCAGAAGCGGGACAUCGAGAAGGCGCUCACGAAGUUCCUCUGCAAGACCACCGAGACGAACAAUCUCUUUCCCACCGAGGACAACAUGUUUCCCUUGAUUGCCUGCAAGCCGGCCUUUCCUCCAUAUGCAGCCGCUUUGAAUCCCACAGACCAGGUCUUUGACUUCGAGGAGCUGGAGUAUCACUAUUUGGUGGCCAAUCGCACAGAGGAUGUGCCCAGCAAAGAGGACGGCGAGGAGGGCGACAGCGAGAACGAGGAGAUGGACGGCGACAAGUCGAAGGAGGAGAAGCCCGAGCUGGAGAUCAAACCGAAUUCCACCACGAACAAGGCCAUUUUGGAGAACCCCAAUAUAGAUAAUCCCUACUUGCGAGCCGCCACCCUGCCCAAGCGAUCCAAAACGGGUGCGGGUGCACCGGGAAUCAUGCCCAGCCGGAGUUUGGCCAGCACGGCGCCAACGAUACCAACGCCCUCCACCCUAGAGAUAACGAAAAGUAGCGUAUAAGUGUAGCAUGCGGUUUUAAAUAAUGUUUAGGGAAUCGAAACACUCCUCUUUUAAAUAAAUUACAUCAAUUGCGCG